ACGCUCUUUCCAAUCCGCCAAAUUGAAGAAGCGGAUGCGCCACUGUGGAUUUCCCAACAGACACACAGCAGGUGCACUCACAGCCUGUUAAAACUUGCGGUCCAAAACUUGAAUAAGGAGGCGAGCAAUGAGCAAUUCCGUGAUCGUGGACCUUCUCCUGGUUCCGACCAGAUUGUGUCUGUGGUUUCAGUCUGUGCUGUACUGGUUUCUUGUAUAUGGCACGGCUGGACUCACAGCCGGACUGGUUCUUACACGGAUCGCAUGGCGUGCACUGAAAGACCCCUACGGGACCUUCCAUUGGACAGUCCGCAAGAAGCAGCCCGCAUGUCUGCGUGAUCCCACUCUGGGCAAACACGGCUACUUGUGGGGCAGGGUAAGAAUAGAUAGGAGUGAGAGAGAAAACACCGCUAUUAUCGGCAUAACAUUUGCUAUUUUUACAUUUUAUUGCAGUCAGCAAUUGAGCUCUGGUUUGAGGUUCCAUUAUGUAACCAAGGGAGACAGCAGGAAUCCUCUAAUGCUCUUCCUUCACGGAUUCCCAGAGAAUUGGUACUCGUGGCGCUACCAGCUGUGUGGGUUUAGUGGACAGUACCACACGGUGGCAAUGGACCUGCGUGGCUGUGGCGACUCUGACGCACCCUCCCAGCUGGAGGACUACUCUCUGGAGAAACUCUGUCACGAUAUCAGGGACGCCAUUGAUGAACUAGGCCACACCAGUUGUGUGUUGGUGGGCCAUGACUGGGGCGGUAUGCUGGCCUGGCACUUCACACUGGAGAGGCCUGAUAUGGUGCAGCGACUGGUCAUCAUGAACGCACCGCACCCUGCCUCUUGGCUAGAUGCAGUGUUGAGAAGGCCCUCUGAGCUUCUGCGCUGUGGUCAUGCCUGCUUCUUCCAGCUCCCUGCACUCCCAGAGUUCACUCUAUCACUGGAGGACUUCAAGUUGGUGCGUAGUCUGCUGUGUGGGGGUCGUGGUGGCAUCAGGAACCGUGCCCGCAGGCUGACUGAAGCUCAGCUCGAGGGUUAUCUCUACCGCCUGUCCCAACCUGGCGGGCUGACCGCACCCCUCAACUACUAUCGCUCACUACUCAGUAACGCCCUUUACAAGCACCAGGAAGUGGAGGUGCCGUGCCUGCUGAUCUGGGGCGAGGCUGACAGCAUCCUGGUAGAGGGGAUGUCUGGGGGCACCAGGCCCUACGCCCGGGGGUCCGUCACCUUACACACCAUCCCUGGGUGCAGCCACUGGGUACAGCAGGACCAGCCAGAGACGGUCAACCAGCUGCUGUGGGAGUUCCUUCUGGAUAGGGAGAAGGACGUGGAGCGCUGCUCCUCACGCAGAGGUGCAGGCUGGGCCAUCAAGUGGACCAGAGAGUAAAUGGAUGGUUGUCCUGAACUGCUGGGAAUCAAGGUCGGGGCCAAUUCAGAGAGUAAACCAAAUUCAAAUUUUCCUCAUUGCAAAGCAUUGAAGAGAUUUGAAUUUUUGUGUAUUCCUGAAAUGACUGGAAUUGAAAUAUAAUUGACCUCAACCCUGCUGGGAAUCACCACUAUAACAGUUUCACACUACUGAGCCGAGCAAAGCGGGCCUGGUUACGCAAUCCCCAUUGUUGCUGGAACCGUGCUAGAAAAGAAAAUAUCUAAGCCAGCACAGAAUGGUUUGGGUCAGCAGGAUUGUGUGGAAAAGGUAUUGUGGUUUUGUUGUCUUUUUUUGUUGUUCACAAUUGUAAUGUAUUUUAGGCCUCUCUACUAUUCUCACUGACUUCAGCCAGUUCAUAUUGAUACAGUGGCCCUGUCUCAACCUAUUGCCAUCAUAUCUGUAUCAUGUUACCAUAACGAUGUGGCCGUGUUACCAAAGCAAACCCAGUCACUGCCUGGACAUUAAGACCACUGGCUCCAGACACAAUGUCCCGUACUGUAUCAACUGUCUACAUUUCCAAACCCAUGGAAAUAAAUGAGAUUCAAUCAUAUUGA